UAGGGGGCCGUGGAACGACAAUAACCACUCGUCCCGAAACCCUAACGCUGCCCUCAAAUUGUUCUACCAAACCCUAGCCCUAAACGGCUCGAUGCUGUGAGAUCGCCCACAGUGCCCAUGGCUCUGGAAGGCCCGGCGGAGCGACGGGACGAGGUCCAGGUGGCGAUGGGGAAUGGGAACGGCGUGGCACCGUUGCAAGUGUCGCGGCCGGCCGGCCGGCCUGCGGCGGCGACGGCGCCAUACGCGGACCGGCGGCUACGGCUGAACCCCAACGCGGAGCACAAGCCGCAGGACUACAGCGAUGUGCGCGGCGAGUACGCGCCGGCCGUCUACAGCGCACUCGAGCGGCAUCUCCCACCGAGCCUCCUCGACGCCGACCGUGGCGUCAAGCUACACUUCAUGCGGGACAUUCUUGCGCGCUACUGGCCCCAGGGCGAGCGCAACAAGGUGCAAAGACACAAAGAAUACAGACAGAGGAUACUCCACCUUUACAAGCCUCUUCAUGAAGAAUUAUACAAUAUGCAUCCUUCAGCAUUCUUUUUACCAACAUUCCUUGAAGCAGUUAGUAGCAAUUCAGAAGAAAGCUUUAGAAGUAUUAUGACUGAGCCAAUUCCUGGAGUUUAUUCGUUUGCUAUGUUGCAGCCAGCUUUCUGUGAGAUGUUAUUGGAAGAGGUAGAGAACUUUGAAAAAUGGGUCCAUGCAAUGAAAUUUAAGAUUAUGAGGCCAAAUACAAUGAACAAGUAUGGUGCUGUCCUUGAUGAUUUUGGUCUGGAAGCUAUGCUGAACCAGUUCAUGGAACAGUUCAUAGCUCCAAUUUCUAGAGUUUUUUAUGCUGAAGUUGGUGGAGGAACAUUGGACUCACAUCAUGCUUUUGUUGUUGAAUAUGGGAAAGACAGGGAUGUUGAACUCGGUUUUCAUGUUGAUGAUUCUGAAGUUACAUUAAAUGUUUGCCUUGGCAAACAAUUCUCUGGUGGUGAAUUAUACUUCCGAGGCAUUCGUUGUGAGAAUCAUGUGAAUUCAGAGACACAACAUGAGGAAAUGUAUGAUUACACUCAUAUUCCUGGACAGGCUGUACUCCAUCGUGGUCGACAUAGGCAUGGUGCUCGAGCUACAUCAUCUGGACUCAGAAUCAAUCUGCUUUUGUGGUGCCGGAGCUCUGUGUUCAGGGAGAUGAAGAAAUACCAGAAGGAUUUUCCUAGCUGGUGUGGUGAGUGCCAGCGCGAAAAAAGGGAAAGGCAGAGUCAGUAUGUUAAAGCAACUAAGAUGGCGUUUCUCAGGGGUGCUGGAGGCGCAAUGAUCUAAUUCAUACGAAGGCAUGUAUUUUAUACAAAUUUGUAUCAUACUAAACUUUGUUCAUCAUUUGGGACUUGAAGAGGUGGUCUUUGUAGACUGUAGUCAACAGUCAACUUUCUGUUAGACGGCUCAUCGUGGUCUUUGUAGACUGUAGUCAACAGUCAACUUUCUGUUAGGCUCAUCGACGCGAUCACAGGUGUAUGUAAAUGUAAGCUUACUGUGAUUAAGUCCAGCUGAAACAAAUGUAAAAACGGGUGAUAAUCUGGUAGCGUAGCAAGAAAUGCUACUUCGGACAUACAAUUUUUGUGGCGUCUAUAUGCUCACAUUAUUAUUAGAUUUA